UGAAAGGGAGAAAAACGGCACCGGUGAGAAACGAUUCAAUUUAAUGAUGUCUGCCUCAGGGAAACUGGCAUCUCUCCGUCUGCCUCCCUUGCCUACUGUAGGUGAGCUGAUAAAGCUGUACAACCUGCGAGCUGAGAAACAGCUGUCUCAGAACUUUCUGCUGGACUUGAGGCUCACAGACAAAAUAGUGCGUCAGGCAGGCAGUUUGAGAGACGCCCAUGUGUGUGAGGUGGGUCCUGGUCCCGGGGGCCUGACCCGCUCUAUCCUCAAUGCCGGUGCGGCGGACCUGCUUGUUGUGGAGAAAGAUACACGCUUCAUUCCUGGGCUAAAGCUGUUGUCUGAGGCAGCACCGGGGAGGUUGAGGAUUGUCCACGGGGACAUACUCACCUACCGAAUGGACCGAGGAUUCCCGGCGAAUAUCUUGAAGCCGUGGGAGGAAGAUCCACCAAACCUUCACAUCAUAGGGAAUCUUCCAUUCAGCAUCUCAACCCCCCUCAUCAUCAAGUGGUUGGAGAACAUCGCCAACAGGACAGGGCCCUUCGUCUACGGACGCACCCGACUUACACUCACUUUUCAGAAAGAGGUGGCAGAGAGGUUGACGGCCAGCACAGGCAGCAAACAGAGGAGCCGUCUGUCCAUCAUGGCUCAGUAUCUCUGCACCGUCCACAAGCGCUUCAUCAUCCCUGGACGGGCCUUCGUCCCCAAACCAGAGGUGGACGUGGGAGUAGUUCACUUCACCCCUCUGGUUCAGCCCCAGAUCCAGCAGCCCUUCAAGCUGGUGGAGAAAGUCGUCAGAAACAUAUUCCAGUUCCGCAGGAAGUACUGCCAUAAAGGGAUAGAAAAGUUGUUCCCGGAGGAGUGUCGUCUUGAGCUGACACAGGAGAUGAUGCAGAAGGCAGAUGUGGACCCCACUCUGCGCCCUACAGAACUCACCAUACCCCAGAUCAGGGCUUUAGUGGAUGCUUACGCUCAUCUCUGCAGCCGUGAACCCGGUCUCCUCAACUUUGAGUUCAGAGAGGAGCUCAGACUGAAGCACCUCGCCAGGAACAGUAACGCACCAGUGGACACGCCAACCAGCACACCAUCAAGUCCUCUGCAACCCUGCUGAAAAGAAAGAAAGAAACCAAGAGAAGCCCACUAAUAGCCUCUGUUAGCACAGGGAGACAACAAACUGCUCUUAGCCUUGACAUUUCCACCUGGCAUAAGCAUGCAUUUUUAAAAUGUUUUUCCCUGCGGCCGGGGAGCAAUAGUCACCUAUUGGUAUACAUGAAAUCCUGCACAUCCGGCACAUAAAGAUCCUAAGUGGGUUGGAGCUGCUCCAAAACCUUGUUCCAGGAUGGGACCACUCAGAGCAAGAGUUGUGUGUUUUUGGCAGAAUAAAGAAAGCAUGGCAAUUACCUACAAUAGCUCUUUAAGAGUGAAUAUCUCUUUAUGUCCCCAAUUCUUAUUUCAGAGCCAACUCACUUUACACCUCGUCCCUUGAGACCUAGAAGAAAACGUCAGUGUUUUCUGGGUGAUUUAGAGAAGGAGAACAACAUGGCAGCACCAUAUCCAGGACGUUUUUUUUUGUUUUUUUUUUCUUUCUCUAUGUGCUGUAUUUCUGAGUCACUAGGGAGACAGAGCUUAAAGGGAGGAGGAAAGUGCUGGGAAUUUGUCAGCUCAAGAAAGACUCUUGUAUUAAAGGAAGAGGACUCCUAUUAGAAUAAUUUUUGUUUAAAAAUCUGGCCAUCUUUUUUUUUUUAUAUAUUAAUGUUUGAGUAAGAUUCUAACUAUCUGAUUAAAAAAAAUAAAUCAAUCAGAAAUCUCAGUGGGUAUUAAUGGAGGUACGGAUGUCCUACACUGGACAAUGGAAGUAAAAAAAAAAAAAAAUGAAUGUGACAUGUAUAAAUAAAUAAAUUUGAUAAUAAUAACAGGAUUUAGGAUUUUACAUCAGUAGAAGUGUUUUAUAUUUGGAUGCUAGAACAGAUUAUCACCAGCAGAACAUGGCAGGGCGGUUUCCUGCCAGCGUGGCAGAUGGCAUGUUAGGGUUGACUUGCCAGAGGGAGAAUUCGCUCAGUUUUGAUGAUCGGUGGAUGAUAAUCUCCAACCGCAGUCAGGAUGUUCUAUGAUCUGAGUGACAGAAAGGUGUGCAAUACCGCUAUGUUGGCAGCUGUGCAGAUGUGUUAUCCAGACUGCUCAGUGACCCUAAAAAACAUGAUGAUGUUUUGUGUUGUGGCAAGCUUUUAUUUUGGUAGAUUAUUGCACAUGUGGAAAGGGAUGAGGGUGAGAACCAUAGACUGUAUAAAACCAAGGGUGGAGUUGUAUGUUACAGCAGUGAGGAUCACUUCCGCAUUCAAAAAGCUGCAGUUCCUCGGCUGCCGCUGGGGGCUGGCUCCAGAAGUGAGCAAUUCUCCAUUGACCCCCAUGUUAAAAUAGCCAACUUU